UUUGUUCACAUAAAAUUUAAUUAUAUAAUGUUAUAUCAUAAUGAUAUCAGCCAAGCCUAUUAAUCGAACAGGCCAGUUAAAUCAAUUGAUUAAGAAACCAAUCUUUGAGAGCCCUAAUCUAGCAUACCAAAAAACUACAGGGAUGACAAUGUUAUCCUCCCAAAGAUUCACACGUGAGGAUAGGGUCCUCCUAAGAUUCUCUUCGCAGUAAAAUGAAUGCCUGUGAACCUCACGUGCAACAAAGUAGUUGAAUUUGAUUACAGGAGGUGGCGGCUUGUGUGAGCGGAGGCAGAACAGAAAGCCACCCACCCACCCACCAUUUGCAUGAACCCAAACUCAGACUGAAAACACAGUCAAUUAAAGAGAGAGAAAGAGACAGUUGACCGGGUGUCUUGAGGGUGAGCUACCGGCCCAUCUCUCACACGCUCAAUGGCGUUGAAUUCUUUAAUACAAUCACGCACCUUGGAUGCCAUGUCUCUCUUUCUUUCAUACAAACAAACGAUUCCAUGCACAUUUCCAACCCCUAUUUCACAUAUAUAAAUAACAAUAUCCCACUCACCAUUUCUUUUCUCAGUCACCAAACAAACUAUUCUUUCACCCCUUUUCUUUACUAUUAUAUUACCACCAUCAACAUUUCUACUUUAAUAUUAGAAAAAAAAAAAAAAAAGACAAAAGAUAAAGUGGCGAUGGGACGUGUACCUUGCUGCGAGAAGGACAAUGUGAAAAGAGGGCAAUGGACACCUGAAGAAGACAACAAGCUUUCUUCUUAUAUUGCCCAACAUGGCACUAGAAACUGGCGCCUCAUUCCCAAGAAUGCUGGUCUCCAGAGAUGUGGGAAGAGCUGCCGGCUGCGGUGGACUAAUUACCUUCGCCCUGAUCUUAAGCAUGGGCAGUUUUCAGAUGCUGAAGAACAGACUAUUGUGAAGCUACACUCUGUCGUUGGCAAUCGAUGGUCGCUGAUUGCCGCUCAGUUACCUGGCCGGACUGAUAAUGAUGUUAAAAAUCACUGGAAUACCAAGCUGAAAAAGAAGCUUUCUGGCAUGGGUAUUGAUCCAGUUACCCACAAGCCGUUUUCCCACUUGAUGGCAGAAAUCGCCACCACGCUGGCACCGCCUCAGGUGGCUCAUCUUGCGGAAGCAGCCCUUGGCUGCUUUAAAGAUGAAAUGCUCCACCUGCUAACUAAGAAAAGAAUAGACUUCCAGCUCCAACAAUCAGGACCAGGGAACACUACAGCAAAUUUCAUUACUAGUAAAAAUGAUGAAAAAGAUGACACUAUUGGAAAGAUUAAGCUAAAUCUAUCAAGGACAAUACAAGAACCUGAAAUGCUGCCCUCUAACAAGCCAUGGGACCCUGCAGGAACAAUGUCAGCAAAUUUUGCAGAAGGCUGCAGCGGUUUCGCUACUUCUAUCGAUGGAUUUCACUAUGGCACAGCAUCAUUUCGUAAUGAUGGAGCUGCAUCACCAUGGAACCAGAGCAUGUGCACUGGAAGCACGUGUACAGCCAGAGAACAACAAGGACGGCUGCAUGAGAAGUUUGAAGAUGAGAAUAGCGAGGAGUCCGAGGGUGGAAAAGGAAUAAGAAAUGGAUCCACCAUAUUCAAUACAGAUUGUGUCUUGUGGGAUUUACCAUCUGAUGAUCUAAUGAAUCCCAUAGUUUAGGAAGGCUUAUAAAGCAGUGGCAAGAAGGCAGAAUUCCUACUAUAUGAAGAACAAUAACUCAACCUCAAAUAGAGAAUAUAUAGGUGUAAAUAAAAUUUAUUUACAAAUUAUGAUAGAAUUUACUCUGAAAAUAACAUUUUUCUCACUCUACUCUCAA